GCUUCGCAAGGUUUCCUUUAGCUCGCAGAACUAUUCUCCAACAGAGCAACUUUUCGGUGAAGUUGGUACUUGGGAAUUCAUGGUAUCCAAAUGACUGCAAUAUCGUGCAGCAAACGAACGUGUACCACACUUCCCCGAACAGGGAACUAAGAAACGUGCAUCUUGCUUGGAGCUUGUGCAGUGGUUCAGCUGGUGUUGGUGAAGAAGGUGGGAAAAAAAGAAAGUGACCGUGUGAGGUUUGGUUACUCCGAGCUCCGAUCGAAGUGCGACCUGCGUUGCGUGGCCAUCCAGUAGGGCACUUGCUUGAGGCGAACCGUACCGAUAAAAAACCAUCAAGACGCCGAUCGUAACCGAAAAACUGCCCCGCAGACGAGGUCAAGCUUUGGGCUCAAAAAUUGCUCUUCGGUCGAAAAGGCAGCAGCCCCCUCGUCGGAAGUUGGUCCAUCCGCCAUUUAUGGACCUUCCGAGGAAUCUGCACGAUUGCUACUUUUUCUACUACUCGACAUGUAAAAAGGGUACGAACUGCGAGUAUCGCCACGAGCCGGCGGCACUCGGGCACGAGAAAACCUGCAAGCUGUGGGCGGAGGGCAAGUGUUACAAUCGCACCUGUACCAUGCGCCACAUGAAGAUCGAGAAGCCGCGCUCGGCCACGCCGUGCUUCUGGGAGGAUCAGCCGGGCGGCUGCCGUAAGCCGCACUGCGUGUUUCAGCACAAGAUGCCGAAGCCCGCGCAGCCUACGACGAGCAAUGUGGGCGUUCCGGUGCAACCGGCCGCUGCUGCCGCCGCCGCAAACGCUGCCGCUGCCCAUCUCAUGCACUCGACUUCGGCCGCCGUCGUACUGGACUACAACUAUGCCACCUUGCUGCCGAGAAUCAUCUAAAACACCUGCUUGGAUUGGUAUCGAGGAACGGCAUGGCGAGAAAGUUCUAAUGGCGACCAAACAUAUGCGGGAAGCUGUAUAGCAUCUGUAGUGUGUCUUUCUACGCUGAAGGUGUGCGUGCGCGCCGAUUUGCCCAGAUCCUGAUAGACAACAAGUGACACAGGAUUAACGUUUCCUCCACACACCACACUAUCCCUUUCUCUUCUGCGACGCUUUACAUGGCGUAUUUAUUAUACAAAAUAUCCUUAAAUGGGUUGGGAAAUAAUCAGCUAUUAGUUUGUAUUUAUUAUAUUUAUUAUUUUUUCUUGCUUACCAUACGAUUGUUAAUAUCUCGAUCAGCAUCAAAUUUACAGUUGAAUAAUGCACCACCUAGUGUGGUAUGCGGUUUCGAAUUUGCAACAAAAAGAAAAAAAAAUAGCUGAAUCUGUAGUAGUUAUGAACUGAAAAGGAGCGCGAUUUAAGUAGAUGGAAUGUUUAAGAGCAUUUGCAGGGAAAGGGUAGUAGGAAACUAUAUUUACCGUUCAAUGUGCUUGCGAUUCAGGCAAAAGAGAAUUAUUAUUUUGGAACUUUUUUGGGAACUUACAAUUUAUCAAAAAUAUUAUGUUAUUGAAUUUGAUUUAUGUUUUGCGUACAGUUAAAAAGCUGCAGAAGAAACGUAACACAGCGAUCAUCAACCAAUUUCUCACACACUAAUGUUCGCGACCAACCCAAUUCGCCCCACUAUCCAGCUUAGAAUCAGGUUAUUACAUUGUUGUUUUUUGGGUUAUUGUUGAAGCUUCAUUUGUAAACUUUCAUAAUAUGUAAAACAAAACAAAAUCACACAGAAUAGAUCCAUAGUCUUUGCAAUAGAUAGUGUACAACCGCUGGUUUUCCGAUACAUGCAAGUUUCGUUGGUUUUUCGUGAAGGUUUGUGAUUGAAAGUUCCUUAUGCGAAACAAAAACAACAUUAAUGCUGAAAAAAAAACAAUAAAAAUAGAAUCAAUGCAAGUUAGUAUAUCAAUUAAAAGGAAAAUAGCAAAACAAAAAAAGACACA